AUGGAUGAAACAACGCCAUCAGUUAGCCUUGUAUCAUGUAUGCAUUUUGUUCGCCGUGGUGUAGCCAAGGCUGUACCAGAAAAGAUAGAAUUGACUGAAAAGGAGCUUGAAAAGAUUAUAAAACAGACAGCUGACGAUUUAAGGAUAACAGAGCGGGCAGAACAAGGUUUAGAUGACAGUGAUUCUGAAACAAAUGAAGAUAAUGCUGCUCCAGUACCUGCUGAUCCAAAUGAUGAGUUUAACUUUGCGAAAUAUGAUGAUGAAGAUAAUCUAAGUAAUCCCAUAGGUCUAGGAACGAUUGCAACCUUACCUAAUUUAGGAGACCUAAGUGAAGAUGUUCAAAUUAGGACAGACGGCCCUGACAGUGAUGAAGAGGAUGAUAUCAUUAAAUCAGAUGAUAACCUAUUACUAGUUGGCCAUGUUGAGAGUGAUGCUAGCAUUUUAGAAGUUUAUGUAUUUAACAAAGAAGAAGGUUCGUUCUAUGUCCACCAUGACAUAAUUCUACCAUGGUUCCCGCUGUGUAUAGAAUGGUUGAGUCAUGACCCAACAGAUCCACAUCCUGGAAACCUUUGUGCUUUGGGUGGCAUGGAUCCUGUUAUACAAGUGUGGGACUUAGACAUUGAGAACUGCCUUGAACCAGCAUUUAAACUUGGGAAAAAACCGAAUAAAAAGAAGAAAAUAAAACGAGUGGGACAUAAAGACGCCGUGUUAGAUCUCUCAUGGAAUAGAAAUUUUUCCCACGUGCUAGCGAGCGGCUCGGCUGAUAAUACAGUAUUAUUGUGGGAUCUCGACCAGGGCACGCCUCACACUACAUUGGACUACUUUGAAGAUAAGGUCCAAUCUAUAACGUUCCAUCCACUGGAAGCGCAAACGCUAUUAACAGGCGCGUGCGACGGCCGCGCUCGUGUCACAGAUUGUCGUACGCCCACAGCCUGCCGUGAAUGGGCGUUGCCUACAGAAAUCGAGCGAGUCGUAUGGGACAGACAUAAUCCUUUCUGUUUUGUGAUGAGCAACAACACCGGUAAAGUGGCGUAUGUCGAUUGCAGACAAGAUGAACCAUUGUGGGUGAUCGAGGCUCACGAAAAGGAGGUCACAGGACUCGUGAUUAGUGAUAAUAUUCCCGGUCUCAUGAUAACAGUGGGUACGGAUGCUAAAAUGAAGACUUGGGAUAUAUCGAGCGCUGCGGUUCAAGUGAGCGAGCGUCAGUGUCGCGUUGGUGCUGCCUUGUGUACCGCGGUUUGUCCUGACGAUCCUUUGUCGCUGGCGGUGGGUGGGGAUAACAAGCAAUGUUGCAUUGAAAUGGUCGAUCUUAGCGCUAGUGAACAAGUAAUAGACCGUUUCGGAUCCAGGCCUCGAGUCACCAUACCGGUUGAAGAUAGUAACUCUAUGGAAUCAUAG